UUUGUUUUUACAUUGCAUUCACCUAAAACAACCUCGGUCCCUCGUCCAGAACCUCGAUUACAGUAAUCCAGACCACCUCUAAGAAAACUAGCCCACUACGAGUCGACCACGGCGAUGCCUCUCUAUACUCUCCACCUCUACCAGUGGAACGCCACCGCGGUAGACAAUAGUAUCGAGAAGUCCUUCCAAAAAUCUGUGCACCAACCAAUCGCCAGUCUGCAUUCCACGACCUUCCCCUGCGAUCCCAGCACCGUUCGCGUCGAAUUCAUGUUGCCUUGUGGCGAAUCGCACAGUCGUGGCUAUGGCGGCUACGGCUACGAUGCCGGCAAAGACUCAAUGUUCAGCGACAAGAAGAAAUUGUCCGAUUUCAUGGUUGUAAACAUGGAUUUCCGCGGUAGUGCAAAGGAAUGGCAAGAUUAUUGUCAGAGGCUAGUCAGGUUACCGAAUCUAAGGGGACGGAAUCUGAGGAGCGUGUUUUUGCAGAGGAAUUUGUAUGAGUUCGAGAUUUCGGAUGUGAAGUUUCCCGGGGUGGUGGUCGGGAUUGAUGAGAGGAUGGAUGAGCAAGAGGAGUUGCCGAGUUACCAGCAGCAGUUGGCUUAAGGAUCAUGAGUGAGUGGUGGGUGUGCUUGUUGGAGAAUGAGGGCAUACGCGGAAGCGCUGAGGUAUUAAUCCUAGCCGGGUAGGGGGUGAUAGAAAGUCAUUGGUAGAUUAUAAACAGAGACGGUUUGACCAAAGUCAGAUUUGCUUGAUUUGCG